CAGUUAACCAUAUUUUGUCUUCUCAUGUAAUGAUGAUGAAGUCAAUAUUUUUAUUUUGUAUAAACGUAAUGCGUUUUCUAGAACACUAAAUGCAUCAUGUGUAUUUUAAAACUACUGUCACUGUGUUUGUGAAAACUGUCAUUAGACAUGGAAGAACCAGGAAGAGGACAUGUUGUCAUGGUUGACUGCCACUGCCAUCUGGGAGACAAGGACUUUGAUCAGGAUAUCGAUGAUGUAAUUGAGGCAGCCAAAAAGGCUGGCGUAAUGGCCGCCCUUGUGUGUGCCACUGCUGUGUCUGAGUUCAACAAAGUGAUCCAGUUAGCGGACAGGUUCCCUGACUUUGUUCUGCCCUGCCUAGGUGUUCACCCCGUUCAAGGGGCUUUAACUGGGGAACAAAGGUGCGUCACUCUGAAGGAUCUUGAGGAGGCAGUUCCUAUCAUUGGGCUGUACCAUGAGCGUCUUGGAGCAAUUGGAGAGAUUGGCCUGGACUUCCAACCACGAAUCACCAGGACUGCUGAAGACAAGGAGGUACAGAGAGAGGUCCUCACUAAACAAGUGGAGCUUGCACGAAAGUUUGACCUUCCAGUAAAUGUCCAUUCACGGUCAGCUGGCCGGCCCACCAUCACCUUACUAAAGGAGUUAGGAGUGAAGAGUGCGUUGCUGCAUGCGUUUGAUGGGAACCCCAAGUAUGCUAUGGAAGGCGUGAGGGAGGGCUACUAUUUCUCUAUUCCUCCCUCCAUCGUCCGCAGUGAACAGGUUAUUUGUGUUUUCCCCAAGAAGCAGAAAUUGGUGUCUGCCCUGCCUGUAGAGAAUCUGCUUCUGGAGACAGACUCCCCUGCCCUGGGUCCGCUUAAACAGGGUAGGAACACACCCAGUAACCUGUCAGUGUCCUGUAGCUACAUAGCAGAGGCGAAACAUCUGACCAUUGACCAGCUGGCCUGUCUGACCACACAGAAUGCUAUGAAACUGUUCCCUCGUCUUGCCAGAAUUAUCAAGAGAUGACCUUGUGAUAUUCAGUGACACACACAAAUGAAUUUUUCCAACGUGCGGCUAGCAAAGAUUUUGUGGAGUUAAGAUUUGAUGUGCACUGGGAAAUGAGCAGCAUGCAAAUUAGUUAAGAGUUUAUAACAGUAUGCAUACUACUGAGAUUAAUUGUGUAUAUUAUAUUAUAUGAUAAAUUAUAUAAUUUAACCAUUUAUAAGAGAAUUACAAAAGAAUAUCAAUAGCAUCAACAUCGACUAUGUAAUAUUUUCACGUUUUCUAAUUGCAUGUAUUCUAAAACCAUGUGCAAUAAUUGCAAAAGUACAAUAUGGUAUAUUAAAACUGUUCUUGCUUGACUGUUUUAAGUACCUGUAGAUUAUCAUCAUUUAUAUAAGCCUCACUAUGGGUAAACGGCUUAAUGCAUGUGCGAAAAGUGUUGUCCCAGAUAAGCCUGUGCAAACGGCUCAGGCUAAUCAGGGAUGAUAUUUUCUGCUUUUAUGGUAUUUUGUGUUUCAUGGAAGCAUCUUCUUAACAAAUAUCCAGCUAAGGCCGACAUUGUCGUUUCUGAUUAGCUUGUGCAGACUGCACGGCUAAUUGUCUGAUACAACGCUACACACAUGCAUUAAACCCCAUUGUCCCGGGAGACGGAAAACUACAACGGGCGAGGCAUGGUCAGGGGUGAUAACCCCAAAAAAGGGUUGGGGUAAGGGUUA